UCAGCCCUGUGAGGUGGAACAAAAACAACAGCAGGCUGUUCUCCACUGCUCUCUGGAGCUCUGUUUAAUGUUCAGACAUCAAAUCUGCUUGCACAACAGCUUUGUGCGUGAUUUUUUUUUUUCAUUCUCGUCUUAGACUCGAGGCAGGAAAUCUACGUCACUAGAACUGGAAACAUCCUAUCCGACAAACAGGAUGACUUGCAGAUAAAGGCACACGUUAGAACCGAAAGCGUUUAGUAGAGCGAGAGAAAAACACACGCACAGAGAGAAAGAGAGAGAGAAAGAGAGAGACUGCACUGCUAAAAGGACGGGAGAUUAAAAACCCAGACGUGCUUUAAAGAUGGCCAGCGCUCCUAUACCCCUGCCUAAUGUGGGAAGUGGCUACACCAUCAUCACUCAAGUUCUUCCCUCAUCAACAUCCUCAAAUACAGCGGAUCAAAAUUCCCCUCAGAUGCUCGGCCCACUGCGGAAAUUCCUGAAAGGAGAACCCAAAGCGCUGGGAACUGUCCAAAUAAUGAUUGGUUUGCUGACGAUAUUGUUGGGUAUCGUGAUGGCGGUCUACCCUCAGAAUAUCAGCGUGUACUCUGGAGUCAUGUUCUGGGGCUCGCUGCUUCACAUCACUGCUGGCUCUCUGGCUGUUUCAGCAAGCAACAAGCUUAAUGCCUGUGUGGUGAAGGGCGCUAUGGUGGUAAAUAUUUUUAGCACGAUAGCUGCAGGAAUCGCCAUCAUCAUGCUUUCCCUGGAUUUGGUGAUUGGGCCAUAUAGAUUCUGCCUCUUCAAUGGGUGCGGUAAUGACUUUAUCGCAGUGAGCCGUACCAGUGGAAUCAUUGGCGUUCUGCUGGUUUUCUCUCUGCUCCAGUUUACCAUCUCUAUCGCAAUAUCAGCCUUCACCUGCAAAGCCACCUGCACCAAUGAACCUACCCUGAACAUCGUCAAUGUGGUUCCAAACCCUGAGGGAUGUGUUCCUGUGGUCAGUUCCUUCCCAGCUCAUCAUGCUCAACCGGGGGACAGUACAAUGAAUGCUUUCGCCAUGAGCAGUGCCCCUCCAGCGUACCGCGAGAAAAGCCAACCAGACAACUGAGGAUAAUUCUAAAUAAGAAAUUAUUCUUGUUAACUGUUAAAUAACACUGUUACUUAACACAAGAUGGAAAACAAUCACACUCGAGUGCCUACUACACGUCACACUGCGUACUUUAACACUACACACAUAUGUAUGUAUAUAUACAUAUAUAUAUAUAUAUAUAUACACACACACACAUUACAUCAUGUUUCUACAAUAGUAUAUAACACUCAUAACUCUCCUGUAAGGAGAAUUCUGCAAAGAUAAAAUAAAGGCAUUUUUAAAUGUAAACUAUUAUUUUAAAUAAAGUUUUUAAAAAAAAAUUUUUUAAGUGACCAAAGUUUAAACGUCUUUCGACUUCUGUGUUCUGCCAUGCUCAAACAAAGGACAAAGUAUCAUAAAAUAACAGUAAAGGUAAUAAAUAUGACUUAUUCUAUACUGUAUAUUGAUUAUUUGUGGGGUUUUUUUGUUGCCCCCUUUUUUAGCCUGACAGUCCAUCACAGUCAGAAUCAGUAUUUCCUUUUAUUUUAUGUUUCUUUUCAUUAUAGAAAGUCAAAUGGGUUUGAAACGGCUUGUUAAUAAAGACUGGAUUUUUGAGUGA